ACAGUGUCGGUGGGACCAACGUGACGCACACACGCGCGCCGCCUCUACCUGUGCGCAAGAGUCGCAUUCCGUCGCCCACCUCCGCUAUUGGUCGCCACGAAGCCUUAGCAUUCCAGUUCGUUACUGACUUUUAUACGAUUUUGUUGUGUUGUGACCUCAGAGACGUGUGCAAUAUGACCACCUCAUUCUAAGGACCACCAUGUCUCACAUAGCGUGCUUGCUGGCGGUAGCGGGCGCUGCGUCAGCGCAGCUCACGCUUGACGGCGUCCGCUGCGGGCAGCUGACGUGUCAGCUCGACGAGUACUGCUCGCCAGACACCAACAGAUGCGCCCCGUGCACUGUCGUCUGCAACAAGACCCACCAUAACGCUGACACUGGCUUGUGCAUCAAGGAGUGCCAAGGAUAUCUUCUAGACUUGAGAUACCAGCGGAGGGAAGAUGUCGCGCCUGUAUCGGAUUAUAGCAGUGUCCAGCGGCAGGCGCAGACGGCGCUGAUCCUCAGCGGAGUGGCGCUGGCGGUGCUGGUGCUGGUGCUUAUCAUCGUCUGCAGGGGCCGGCUGUCCUGGAGAUACCUCAAGCAGAAGCUGCAGCCGUCGAAGAACCGUGUAAAGAACUACCCAGCAGACCUCACACAUCACAACCCGCACGCCGAAAUGCCGAAAGCAAAGCCCGAGCUCAAGUUGGAGAUCAGAAAUCCUGAACCACCGAAGCGGAACCAGCCUCUGAACGUCAGAGAUUUGGAGACGAGAAAUUCCCAAGCUGAUAAGAGCCAGGGAGCCACCACGCCCAAGACCGUCAGCACAGCUCUGAGCAACCGGCACCCGGCUGAGGAUACCACCCUGGACUUUUCCUAUGACAACAUGGGCAUGAACGAAACUCCACCAGAACAGAUCGGCGGUCUUUCUAGUCACAGGUUCUGAGGGCAGGUGUUUUUCGGAGGGAAGACAGUUAAGUAUAUCGAAGUCCUUGACUAUAGCGGCAAUACUUAGCAUCAAUAACGUUUUUCCUUCGAAAUGAUUAGACACUUCGAAUAAUAAUUACACGAAGCGAUCACGAGUUUGUUCGACCGAAAAGACUUAAGUAGCUACUUACGAUAUUUGAUUUACUUGUUAUGAAUUAUAUUUGAAAGAAAAUAAUGUCAUCAAAGCCAAACCACGUGUAAUGAAAUUAUAAUAAUCGUGAAAAUUUCUUGAUUGUUUUUUACAUGUCAAAGUUUUUGAGGUAUUUACACAGGGUGUACAAGAAGACCUAGUUGUACAUGACUCUACAUCAUCCUGAUACUUUCAGAGCAACUUUUAUAAACAGUGUUGUAAUUUAUUGUGCGCAAAUGCUUAUUUACAUCAUCAUAGAUCGAAAUGCAAACUUUCCAAUUUGUUUUAAAAGCUUGAAUUUAUUUACGUAAUUUUGGUGUUCCCAAAGUAAAAGUUGUUUUAAAUCAGCAUCUAAUUAUGAUUCAGGGACUGCUUUGUUUCUUGAGAAACCUGUAUUUUUCAAAUUGAACUUUUGAAAAAGUAUUACAAGGUACUUAGAUAUUUUGUUAUGUUACUUACCUUCAAUGUAGAAUAUAUUCAUUAACAUGAUCAUGUAUCGUAAUGUGUAUUAACUGAUCAAAAUAUCAUAAAACAUAGUCAUUUACAGCAGAAUAGAGUAAACUAUCUACUUAG